GGAAAAAACCACGCGCGGUUCCGAACGAAGAUGGCAACCGUCCCCCCGCUCGAUCCGACUACUCGAAUUCGGACGCGAAACUUAAUUAGUCGACAAAGGUCGCGCGGCGCUCCGCGAAGGCGCGGCGGCAACCCCAUCUACGCAGGCCGCCCGCCGCACUCCGAUUUCAAGCAGGAAUCACGGACCAGCCCGAUCCCCCCGCCCAUAGAAACUAUCCCUCCACGCAUCGCCUCAUCUGACCACCUCGCCGCAAACCAAGAUCCGCAUCUACGGAUUAGGGUUUACUACGAUUGGUAUUUGGUGAGCAGCUUCGAAAGGGGAUGGGCACGGUUGGCGCUUGGAGGCGAGCACAGGAUGGUUCCGUCAUUACCGGUGAAGCCGUCGUGGACCUGGAUCGAUCUCCCAUCGCCGGUGAUGGCGGCGGCGGCGGCCAGCACGAGGCCCCGGACACGGCGGGCACGCGGGCCUCGCCCAUUGACGUCGAAGCGCUAGGCGACGAGGGGAGGUCGAGAGCUAAGAUAAAGCGCCGUGCGGUUGUUGUGGAUCUGGAGGCGGAUGCUGAUCAGGAAGGUUGUGGUGAUGCAAGAACAUUUAGCUGUCUCAGUGGGAACAAAAGGCGGAAGGUUCCACCUGUUAUAUGCCUUUCUCCGGACAGGGAAGAAAGAUCCAGCAAUCAGCAAAACAGCACGGUGCGAGUCAGUAGACCAACUGCCAAUGCUUCUCCAAAGGAACCGACGUUCACUUGCCCGGUGUGCCUGAACAAGAUGGAGCUGCCGUCCGCUACGAGCUGUGGCCAUGUCUUCUGUGAGAAGUGCAUCAAGGCGGCCAUCAAGGCCCAGAAGAAAUGCCCUACUUGUAGGAAGAGGCUAGGGCCGAAGAGCUACCGUCGAGUUUACCUCCCUGCAACUGCUGAUCAAGUCUGAGCUUAAAGUCCUCCAUUUUUUUCAUACAGUACUAUCUUGGCGGCAAACAGCUUAGGAUGGUGCGCAAUCAAGAAGUUAGAGCCGCUGCCUUUUGCAAGUAUUUCAUGAACUUCAUAGCGUGUGACUUGUAUUCUGGAACAGGUCGGUGACUAUAGAUAGAGAGUGAUGCUCUGGUCGGUUGUGUGCAUCGGUCGAUGCACCACCUGGGGCGCUACCUUAGUUUUCUUCUAAGAGAUACUGCUUGAUGAUCUUGACUUGAGAUCAUGGUUCUUGGAUUUGCAUAUGUCCUUCUGAAGUGUGGUGCAAUAGUAGGUUUUGCAUUUUCUGUGUCUGGCAUAA